CAAAUAGCCUUUUGCUUUGCCUUUUUCAUUAUAAAACAUCUUAAAGAAACAUAGGUUUUUUUCAAAAAAAGAGAGAAAUAUUUUUAAUUCAUUGAAUUAUAUUCAAAAAUGGCAACAACAACAGAGGAGAAAUCAGUGAUGGUGGUGGGAAUAGAAGACAACCAACAUAGUUUUUAUGCAUUGGAAUGGACUUUGGAUCAUUUCUUUAAGAAUUAUUCACCUUCAAAUUCUCCUUUUAAACUUGUUGUGGUUCAUGCUAAACCUACUCCUUCUUCUGUCAUCGGCUUUGCUGCUGGUCCUGCAGGUACUGUGGACAUUUUGCCAGCAAUAGAGGCUGAUUUGAAGAAGAUUGCUGCAAGGGUUGUGGAGAAAGCUAUGGAGAUAUGUCAUGCAAGAAAUGUGAAUGAUGCUAAAGUUGAGGUUGUGGAAGGUGAUGCUAGGCAUGUCCUUUGUGAAGCUGUAGAGAAACUUCAUGCCUCUAUCUUAGUUGUUGGUUGUCAUGGUUAUGGAGUUAUAAAGAGGACUGUUUUGGGUAGUGUAAGUGACUACUGUGCUCAUCAUGCCCACUGUAGUGUGAUGAUUGUGAAGAAGCCAAAGACUAAAUCAUGAAUUUUGUUUCUACUGGGUAUCUGAUUCCUGUCUAGUCAAUAAGUUCUAGAGAUUACAAAUAUGUGACCAAUUUCUUCAACUCGAGAAGGAAACUCAGUUGAUUGUGUGUAUUUAUUUGAUUUCGACUCUCAAUAUCCAUAUUUAGUUUUUAAUAUAAGGUUUAUAGUUGUAGUGUAACAUACUAGUUGCAAAACUUCAUAGUCUUGUGUAGUAAAUCACAAAUUUAUGUAUGAAAUAAGAGACAAUAUGCAGUGUA